AUGCUCAACGACGAUCAGCAGCACCAGACUGAUGGGAAUCGCGAAGAGCAUCAGAGUGAGGAGGAGGAGGAGGAGCAGGAGGAAGAGGAUAAGCAGAUGAGGCCAGAGCAGCAUGAGACCGAGAAGCUGCUGGCCACAGAAGAAGAGAGGGCUCGCGCGGCGUCGCCUGAACAGCAGCAGCAGCAGCCGCCACAGCAGGGGGGUGCGGUGGACGGCGGGCAGCCGCCGGCUCCAGAUGGGGGCUGGGGGUGGGUCGUGGCCGCCGCAGUUGCCUUCUGUUGUGUGGUGAUGCUGACGGCUGCGAUGUCGUUCCCCUUCGUCUUCGCAGACUAUCUGGAGCAGAUCGGUCACGGCACGGAGGCCAUGACUACUCUCACCAGUAUAUGCAUGUCCAUUUCCUCAUUCUCCGGUAUUGGCCUGGGGCUGGUGAUGCCCGCGGCCUUCACGUGCUUCAACAGCUACUUCGAGCGCAGGAGGACGUUCGCCAUGGGCCUGGUGCAGCUGGCGGUCGGUCUGGGCACGGUCGGCAUCCCGUUCAUGGCUCAGCAGCUGGUCGCCGCCAUAGGCUUCAGGGCCACGCAGGGCGUGCUGUGCGCCAUCAGCGCCUUGGUGUUUCCUGGAAUUGCAGUGAUGAGGCCAAUUAAACACGCGGAAAAGCGUGAGGACUAUGGAAGCAAGCUGAACUCCGCGUCACAAAACGGUAAAACAGUGGAAAAUUUCGCAGAAAAGGAGACCGAUACCAAAAAUGGUGAGACGGUAGAUUACACAGACAGGAAUAUCAUUAACCCACAGAAGAUGAAACCUGAAAAUCAUAAUAGCUAUGAUGCUUUGGGCAACGACGCCAAAUUCACAGAAAAAGAAAAGCAAGGUUUUCUGGAAAAGGAAGCAAACCUUACGGACGAGAACAGCGGCAGCAAGAAGGUUCAGCGCAAAGACGCCAGAUGGCAGCCACGAGUCUCCGUCACCAGUGUUUCCAGCCUGCCAUUCCCAGACGCUGUGGUCACCACGCCCAAGAAAGCGUCUAAAAGGUUCUAA